ACGUCGACUUGCACCACCUGCGCUUUUCAAUCUUCCACUUAGUAUUCUACCUGUUUAACUUCUCAAAUUGAUUUGUACCGAAUACUACAUCUGCCAUAUGUACAACAUAUUUUCUUCUUUGUAGCACCUGCGUCGAUAUUGGCAGUCAUCCUCCAACGGCAACCGCUCGAAUCCCGGUUCCGCCGUUUGAUUCCUUUACCUCAUAUCUUCUGCCUACGCCCACCAACCAGUGACACAUUCGUUAUUGCUGUAACGGAGUGCCAAACUGCGCCUUCGAGCGUUGCUGGCUGCCCUUGAAGACCUCCCAACACCCUUUUUGAUCCGCUCAUGGAAAACGCAAAUUUGUGGACUAGGCGCUCAAAUACUGGGAAGCUUUCGUUGUCUAUGAGAGAUCAUGAGGGGAAGGAUGGCAACAAGAUAGACUCUCCGCGAUCAUACACAAGUAGACGCUUUGGCGAUACUUCUUCACACGGCAAAACAAAUCCAUUCAACGCACUCUCCCCGGCCGCCACGAAAUCCCCCUCGGCGAGCGCAUCGUCUGCCUUUGGUUUGGGAAGUGGUGCCUUUGCUUCCUUUGGCUCUGCGAAGACGCCAAAGACCCCAGGAACUAGUGGCGGUUUCGACUUCACAUCCCGCGAGAAGAAAGAGAAGGACGCAGAAACACCAGCGGAAGGAUCAGAGGCCGAAAGGGCCGGGGGUUUCUCAACAUCACCAGCGGCGCAGCCAGGCCACCAAUUGAGGAAUGCUUGGAACCUGUUCUACAGACCCCCAGCGAACAAAUUUUCAGACUACGAAAAAUCCACCCAGAAGCUCGCCACCAUUGGCUCGGUAGAAAGCUUCUGGACGAUAUAUUCGCACUUGAAGCGACCGUCUCUUCUGCCGGCUGUGUCCGACUACCAUAUAUUCAAGGAUGGCAUCCGUCCUGUAUGGGAGGACGAAGCCAACAAGAAGGGCGGGAAGUGGAUUGUGAGGCUCAAAAAGGGCGUUGCUGAUCGAUAUUGGGAAGAUCUGCUGUUGGCCAUGAUUGGCGAUCAGUUCAUGGAGGCUGGGGAUGAGGUCUGCGGAGCAGUGCUCAGCGUCCGCAGCGGCGAAGAUGUUCUCAGUGUUUGGACCAAGAUUGACGGCGGAAGGAACAUCAAGAUCCGCGAGACCAUCAAACGUAUACUCGCUUUCCCAGCCGACACCAAUAUCGUAUGGAAGAGCCACGAUGACAGCAUAGCCCAGCGUUCCGCCCUGGAUGAGGCUAGACAGCAGAAGGUUAAUGCUACUUCGGGUCAUGCUGGGGACAUGCCACGGCGGCGGCCCACGUUACACGACGAGUCUGAGAAGAGCAGAGGGAAGGCCCCUGCCUCAUAGUAUAGGGAUCAUAUCCCACCUGUAGAACCACUGCAAAUAAUUCCUGGAUACGAGUCCCGCAAGGGAGACUUGACCAAACCAAUGCAUCCUUCGUCGAU